AUGACUACGGGCAAUUUCAAAUAUAUCGAUCCCAGCUCCUAUGUCGAGAGCGAUGUCCCCUUCGUCAAGCCUUGGUCGAAAGUUGAUGGUCCAGGCACUUCUUUCAAAUUGACCGAUCGCAGGCGGUCCGUGGAAGACUUGCGGGGCCAGGAAUCCAAGUUCUCCGUAGACACCUCCGGCUUUGCGGUCUACGAGUAUCCGGCACAAGAGAAGGAAUUCACCGAGGACCGCAGGGUUCGUGACGGAUACUAUGCCGAGAUAGAGGCCCUGCUGCGGGAGAAAAUCCCCGGCAUAAAAAAGGUGGUGAUAUUCGAUCACACAAUCAGAAGGAGGGACAAGGCGGCACCUCGACAGCCCGUCCAGCAGGUGCAUGUUGAUCAGACACCCGGCGCAGCGGAGGCGAGAGUACGAAGACAUCUCCCGCAGGAGGAGGCAGAAGAGCUAUUGAAAGGCCGCUAUCAGAUCAUCAAUGUGUGGCGGCCGAUUGCAAAUCCGGCUUCAGAUUUUCCCCUGGCAGUCAUUGACUGGCGAACCACGGCCCCAGAAGACUUUGUUAAAGUCGAUCUAUUAUAUCCCAAGCGGGACACAAAUGAUGACGACGAUCGAGGCAGAGAAGUCCCUCCCGAUCCGAGCUCUACUCAUUCAACCGCCGGCUACGAGGUCAGGGGUGAAACAUACGCCAUCGCUCCAAAUGAGAAACACAAGUUCUUCUACCAAAAGGACAUGACACCAGAUGAAGUCAUGUUCAUCAAGUGUUUUGAUUCUUUCAGUCAGGUGAACCCCGGAGGUAAGCCUGGUUUGGCGGAUUGCACUCCACAUACAGCAUUUGUCGACCCUCAAACACCGGCAGAUGCUCCUGGGCGCCAGAGCAUCGAGGUGCGAUGCUUGGUAUUCUACGAAUAG